CAUGGAAUUGAAGUACAAUACCAAAGGUCAAGGAUUCAGAUUCUUUAUUAAGAUAACAAGUAAAUAUACAAGAAGAGUUUACAUUUACCAAGAUGGUGAUAUUAACGCUGAAGGAUAUCAAUGCUAUUAUCAAACUGAAACUCAAGAAAAUCUAAAAGAAUCAAAUUUAAACAAAGAUAACGAAAACUUGAAUUGUUUCAUAUUAACUCAAAAUACA